AAAUAAAAUAAAUAAAAUAAAAACGACAUCGUUCAACUGUUGCAAAGCUAGGACAGAGGAUAUUCCCUCCACCUUUCGUUGCCUAAGCUGAAGGCAACUACUUGACCAAAUCCAAUAUCAAGCAUUUCAUAACUUUCACGCCACCAGGAAUCUUUUCCUUUUUCUUGAAAGUUGUCUACAACAGAGGAUCAUCAUUACUCAGACAAAUUACAGUGCAGUUAAAACAUAAUAAGUUCUAGAACUUGUGAACCCCUACUUCUCCAAUUCCGGUGGUUUUUACUUGAAUUCUCUAAGGGGUUGUCCGUGCCUAGCACUUAAGACCUGAUGACUGAAUGGAUCAAAAACAGCAGCAUAUUGCAAUAUUUACCACUGCAAGCCUUCCGUGGUUGACUGGAACUGCUGUCAACCCUUUGUUCCGUGCUGCAUAUCUUGCAAAGGACGGAGACAGAAAGGUCACUUUAGUGAUUCCGUGGUUGUCUUUGAAACAUCAAAAGUUAGUAUAUCCGAAAAACAUUACAUUCAGUUUGCCGUCAGAGCAAGAAGCAUAUGUCCGUAGGUGGCUUGAGGACCGAAUUGCAUUUCUAUGUGACUUCAAAUUAUGCUUUUAUCCUGGGAAGUUUGCUAAAGAUAAAGGAAGCAUUCUUCCUGUAGGAGAUAUCUCUGAUUUCAUCUCUGAUGAAGUGGCCGAUGUUGCCAUACUUGAAGAGCCUGAACAUCUAACAUGGUUCCAUCAUGGGAAGAGAUGGAAAACUAAAUUCCGCCUUGUGAUAGGAAUUGUGCACACCAAUUAUUUGGAAUAUGUGAAGAGAGAGAAGAAUGGACGAUUGAAAGCAUUACUUCUUAAAUAUGUUAACAGCUGGGUAGUCAGCAUAUACUGCCACAAGGUAAUUAGAUUAUCUGCUGCCACCCAGGAUUAUACUAAAUCCAUCAUUUGCAAUGUUCAUGGAGUGAAUCCCAAGUUUCUUGAGAUUGGAAAGAAAAAGUUAGAGCAACAGAAAAAUGGGGACCAGCCCUUCACAAAAGGUGCUUACUACAUUGGAAAAAUGGUGUGGAGCAAAGGUUACAAGGAGCUUCUUAAACUUCUUGAUGAUCACCAAAAGGAGUUGACUGGGCUUGAAGUUGAUUUAUAUGGCAGUGGAGAAGACUCUGAUCAAGUUCAGGAAGCUGCUAAAAAGUUGGAACUGGUAGUUAGAGUAAACCCUGGGCGUGACCACGCUGAUCCUGUAUUCCAUGACUAUAAAGUGUUCCUGAAUCCAAGCACCACAGAUGUGGUAUGCACGACCACUGCUGAAGCAUUAGCAAUGGGAAAAAUCGUUGUAUGUGCCAACCACCCCUCGAAUGACUUCUUCAAGCAGUUCUCAAAUUGCCAAACUUAUGAUAACCGCAAGGGCUUUGUUGAGGCCGUGUGUAAGGCUUUAGCUGAACAGCCUGCUGAGCUGACUGAUGAAGAAAGGUAUGCACUGUCAUGGGAGGCUGCCACAGAAAGGUUUCUGAAAGUUGCUGAGUUGAACCUACCAUCUGCAUGGAAAGUGGAAAGAGUUCCAUCAAAGAACUUUGCUUCCACAUCUUUGAAUCUAAGACAGAACAUAGAGGAUGCAUCAGCAUAUGUUCAUCAUGUGGUUUCUGGGUUUGAAGUGUCAAGAAGAGCUUUUGGUGCAAUUCCAGGGAGUUUGCAACCAGAUGAGCAGCAAUGCAAAGAGCUUGGGCUGGCUAUUUCCGCAGGGGAAGGAGGAUCAAGACAUUGAUAUAAUAAUCUUGUGGCUGACUAAUGUAUUAACAAAGGGCAAAGAGGUACAUAUAAAUGUACUGUGAUUGUUUCCCCAUUAUUGCUGCAGCUUAAACAUGGAUAAUGUAUAUGGAAUAUGUUUCUACUGCCUAGAGUUGCUCGAGCUGCCAUAAAAAUCCAUAUUCGUACAGUAACUGUUUUAUGUUGAUCAUUUUAUAUGCUUCUCUGAUGUA